AUGGUUGUACUCACAUACAAAGCCUUAAACAGUCUGGGGCCCACCAUGUACUUGAGGGACCAUCUCUCUUCAGGAAUCCCCACCACUGUUUUGCUCUGCUUGUUUUUGUGGGCCAUUUGCUAUGAUUUCAUCUGGUCGAGGAUCCCCCCUGAAUUUGAGCAUCCGCUAAAGCUUCGAGUCAUUCACUGGAUCUUGAUUAUGGUGCUCGGUGCGGGGAGAAUUUGCGAAUCACUGGGCAUUUGCAGGCAACUUGACGUCGUCCGCUAUGUGGUCGAUUUGAAGAAGACCAAGUUGGACCCAAGUCUCUUCACCAAAGACCUACUUUUCGAUGGGAUUCCAGUUCGAGUUUACCAGCCUAAGGCGCCACUUGCUGGCCGGAGGAAAGGAAUGCUUCUUUUCCAUGGAGGCGCUGGCCUCAUUGGAACUAUCGAUUUGUAUCAAGACAUCAGUAAUAACAUUGCCAAGAAUGCUGACAUAGUGCUUGUAUCUGUCGGCUACGGCUUGUCUCCUGAGCACCCGUAUCCCAGUCAGUACACGCAGUGUCUCGCAGCUACUGUGCACUUCCUGAAAAAUGCAGAGGACUAUGGAGUGGAUCCUUCCCAAGUCAUCCUCUUGGGGGACAGCGCAGGAGGCAAUAUCGCUGCUUUCAUAGCCAAAAAACUGACAGAAAGACCAGAUCUCCCCAAGCUGCGGGCUCAAGUGCUGAUCUACGCUUGUCUCCAAGGGCUGGACUUCAACUUGCCUUCUUAUAUGCAGAACGCUUGGAUGCCAAUUCUGUACCGGGAAAAUGCAGUCAAAUUUGGUCUGCAGUAUCUUAGGAAGGAUCCGGCCCUGAGAGACGAUGUCCUGAGGGGCUGUCACGUGCCAGAAGAUUUGAGGCUGAAAUACAGGAAAUGGGUGAAUGCAAAUAACAUCCCCGAAAAAUUUAAGGGCCGAGGUUACCCACCGGUGACUCUGGCUCCUCACAAGCCUCCACUUCAUGAGCAGGUGCCAGAGCUGCUGCAAGCCACCUAUUCUGCCAUUCUUUCUGAAGACCACAUCAUCAAGCAGCUCCCCGAAACGUUCAUUGUGAGCUGUGAGUACGACAUCUUGCGAGAUGAUAACCUGUUGUUCAAGAAACGCCUGGAGGACUGUGGAGUGAAAGUCAGGUGGUUCCAUUCUGAACAGGGGUUUCACGGGGUGAUGAAUCUUGCCAACCCAGGUCUUUUCUACUUUCCAGCUGGAGUAGAAAUCUUGGACUGUAUUAUAGACUUUGUCAAAAGUUUAUGA